AUGUUGACACAAGGAGCAGACGCAGAUCAAGAGCCCACCAGGCCAACGUGGAGCAGACAGAUAGAGUUCACUUUGGCCGGCAUCGGCUGUGCUGUAGGUCUGGGCAAUGUCUGGAGGUUCCCCUAUCUUUGCUACCGGAGUGGAGGAGGUGCCUUUCUGGUGCCAUACCUGCUCAUGCUGGUGGUGUUGGGGAUCCCUCUGCUUUACAUGGAGCUGACUGUGGGGCAGUACACAAGGAGAGGGCCUGUACUUGCUCUGGCUACUGUCUGCCCACUGUUAAAAGGAGUGGGAAUUGCAUCGGUGGCCAUCUCCUUCAUUAUGUGUACCUACUACAAUGUCGUAAUCACCUGGGCCCUCUAUUACCUCUUCAGCUCCUUCCAGGCACCACUACCAUGGCAAAACUGCAACAAUACUUGGAACACACCUAACUGCACCAAUCACGCUACCAACAGCAGCUACUCCUCCACAGCUAGUCAAGAGUUCUUCAAAUAUAAGAUGCUAGAGCAGACUAGUGGAGUAGAGGAUACAGGAGUGCUCCGGUGGGAUCUUUUCCUCAUUCUCAUUCUGGCCUGGAUCCUCAUUUACUUUUGCAUCUUUAAGGGGGUGAAAUCAACAGGCAAGGUGGUGUACUUUACUGCUCUGUUCCCGUAUGUUAUUCUGAUUGCCCUGCUGAUCAAUAAUGCACAGCUUCCUGGAGCAUUAGAGGGGAUAAAGUUCUUCAUUGUGCCUGUGUGGGAUGAGCUGCUCUCAGUAGAGGUGUGGGUGAAUGCCGCGGCUCAAAUCUUUAACUCCAUUGGGAUUGGUUUUGGCUCGCUCAUGGCAAUGUCCAGCUACAAUGACUUCAACAACAACAUUUUGAAGGACACACUGAGCAUAUCCAUUAUCAACUCCGUAACCAGCAUCCUGGCAGGGUUUGUCAUUUUCUCUGCCUUUGGGUAUAUGUCAUACCUGCAGGGCAUUCCUGUCAGUGAUCUGGCUGUGGAUGGUCCAGGACUAGUUUAUGUUGUUUACCCACAAGCCUUUGCCAACAUGCCAGUGGCUCAGCUCUGGGCAGUGUUGUUCUUCUUUAUGCUGCUUUGCCUCGGACUGGACAGUGAGUUUGCAAUGGUUGAAGUGAUGGUGACCAGCCUCAUGGAUCAAUUCUACAAAGACGUGAUUCACAUUUUCAAGAAAAAGGAACUGUUUGUUCUUGCAGUUUGUUUUGUAGCCUGCCUCUUUGGAAUUCCUUGUGUCAUGCAGGUGGGAAUCUAUGUUUUCCAGCUGAUGGAUCAUUACACUGCCAUAGUAUCCAUCAUGUUUCUGGCAUUCUUUGAGGUCAUGGCCACCUGUUGGAUUUAUGGUGUAAAAAGACUUUCAGCCAACCUGGAGGAGAUGAAUGGACACAAAGCAAACAUCUUCUUCAGACUGUGUUGGCUUAUAGUUGCUCCUGUGCUCAUCACUGUCAUCCUGAUUUUCUCCAUCAUUCAAUUCAAACCUGCCCGCUAUGGAGAGUACGUCUUCCCUCCCUGGGCUCAGGGGGUCGGCUGGAUCAUUGCUUUGGCCUCCAUCAUCUGGAUUCCUCUGGGUGCCAUUCACACUUUGUGGGUGCUGCCUGGCUCCAUCAUGGAGAAAUUAAAGCUGUCCCUCACACCGUAUGCACUGAAUGAAAAGUUAAACAUGCCAUACUAUGAGAGGGGAGGACCAGGUGGAAAUCCACCCAUCGCUGUCAUCAGCCCCAGCUUCGAUCUACCUGAAAAGCAUCCUGCUGAGACGUACUUCUGA